GAAUUCUAAAUUCUUUCACUGAUUCACGACUUUCACGACUUCACAUGACAAAGGAUUUCACCUAUCGCCACACGAGUUUAGUAGUAACAAGGCACAAUACAAAAAUACAACUUCCUAUCAUACAAUCUCACACCAAAAUCUUCUCACAAUGUCGGCUUCACUUGCACCUGAAUGUAAUGAAGUCAAGGAACGAUAUGAUUCGUGCUUCUUGAAAUGGUAUAGCGAAAAAUACCUUCGAGGUAAAGGUACAACUGAUGAGUGUGAAUCUUUGUUUAAAGAUUACCGGAAAUGCUUAACAGGUGCUUUGAAAGAACGCGGUAUUGAUAAAAUGCUUGAAGAAGCACGAGAGGAUCAUAAGGAACAUGAUGCCACAAAUCUGCGACGGCCUUGUGAAAUGGAAUGCAUACAUGAUAUCAGACUGUAUAAACAACACUACUACCUAUGCAUGGGAAAGGCGCUAGGAUGAUCUUUCAGGUUAAGAUUCUACUAUUAUUGGGGACUUAAAACUAUCUCAACUUUGCAUGAAUUCCAAAAAAACAGUAACAUUCUAUACUCAUAAGCAAUACAUCGACGUAGCACGAAGGCCUUUGAUAGCCAUCAAAGUUUAGAUGGAGAUCCCGUUUAAGAAACAUAACUUAUUGAAAGUGCAACUUCUUUACAUCUCUUCAUUUCAUCAAUAUAGUACAGCAUCAAUCAACCAUAUCCAUGUAUAUGAUAUAUCAAAUUAUAUAGCUUGAACAUC